GUAUUGCAGGCGGAAGUGCCGCACCUGUUGAUGUAAACUCUGCUGCUCUUCACAACGCUCCGAAAAAAGAACAAAAAAACACCUGCUACACCUGAAACUCCCACCCAAAAAGCUUUUGGAAAGUUACCGAAGUGAUCAGGCCUCUGUCUCCGGAAAGAAAGGGUUUAUGGAUAAACUGAAGAGGGUUUUGAGUGGGCAGGACGAUGGGAACGCGGACGGGAGCGGCAUCCUGGAGAGAGCCAAUCAAGCGUCAACGCUGGCCUGGGGGACGAGGAUGAAGGGAUUCCUGAUCUGCUUCGUUCUGGGAGCCUUCUGCUCCGUCCUGGCCACCUGUCUUUUGUGGAUUCCGGGGUUUGGACUUCCUGUCUUUGCCGUCCUCUACAGCGUGGGAAACAUCUGCGCCCUGGCCAGCACCAUGUUUCUGAUCGGCCCGCUGCGGCAGCUGAAGUCCAUGUGCGCUAAAGAGCGAGCGCUCGCCACCAUCAUCAUGCUGGUGUGUUUGGUGCUGACGCUCUGCGCUGCCUUCUGGUGGAAGAACAACGGACUCGCUCUGCUCUUCUGCAUCCUGCAGUUUCUGGCAUUCACCUGGUACGGCCUCUCCUACAUCCCCUUUGCCAGGGACGCCGUCAUCAAAUUUUUCUCUAUCUGCUUGUAGAGUUCUGACCAAUCAGAGCGCAGGAUCCUGCAGCGUGCAUCCAAUCAGCUGGCAGAUGGUUUCAUUUCAAGCUUUUCUAUUUAUUUCAUUUCAAGUGAAGUUUUUACUGAAAGAUUUUACUCAUCAGGUUGAAACAAAAGUCACUUUAUUAAUGUGUUGGUCCAAGUCCUGCUCCAGAAAGCAGGUUCAACUAACCGAGUCUAGUCAAACUCCAUGUUAACUAACUCUGAGUCUGGUCAAACUCCGGGUUAACUAACUCUGAGUCUGGUCAAACUCUGGGUUAACUAACUCCGAGUCUAGUCAAACUCCAGGUUAACUAACUCCGAGUCUGGUCAAACUCCAGGUUAACUAACUGAGUCUAGUCAAACUACAGGUUAACUAACUGAGUCUAGUCAAACUCCAUGUUAACUAACUCUGAGUCUGGUCAAACUCCGGGUUAACUAACUCUGAGUCUGGUCAAACUCCGGGUUAACUAACUCCGAGUCUAGUCAAACUCCAGGUUAACUAACUCCGAGUCUGGUCAAACUCCAGGUUAACUAACUGAGUCUAGUCAAACUACAGGUUAACUAACUGAGUCUAGUCAAACUCCAGGUUAACUAACUCCGAGUCUGGUCAAACUCCUGGUUAACUAACUGAGUCUAGUCAAACUACAGGUUAGCUAACUGAGUCUAGUCAAACUCCAGGUUAACUAACUCCGAGUCUGGUCAAACUCCGGGUUAACUAACUCCGAGUCUGGUCAAACUCCAGGUUAACUAACUCCGAGUCUAGUCAAACUCCAGGUUAACUAACUCUGAGUCUGGUCAAACUCCGGGUUAACUAACUCCGAGUCUAAUCAGAGACUUUCAUCAACUCUGAGUAUGUUUACCUGGAGUUCGGAACAUUAAAAAUCGAUUUUUAUUGGCGCUCUGAUACCUGGCUUCACCGUGGCAGCCGCCAACAAAAAGCUGGUUAUUUAACCCGACUGGAGCGAGAGGUUCUUAUUGACGCACACGGGUCUUUGGUAAAGAAGGAAACUCAGAACCUGCUUUCUGGAACUGGCCCAGGUUAACGGUUCAUGUUUAUAUGUGUGGGAAGGGAGGGAAAAGCUGAAUUAUGUGCUGCAAACAGAAAAACAUGUCAGUCAUUUCUGCUUUUUAAAGUCAAUUUUAAUGUUUUUAAAAAGCUGCUUCGUCUCUUUGAAGAGGGAGUGGGAGGCGAGGAAACCAGAUGCCUUUCCAUAAUGGGAAUUUAAUGAUAGAAACUUCCUAUAACAAACUAAACUAACCACAUUUACACAUGAAAAACCAAAUGAUGCUGUUAGUCUGACUAAAACUGGACUUUUUAAGUUGAUGUAAAUGUGUCUGAUGAAUUUCUGAAAACUGGACCAAAACUCCAGAUAAUGUGAUUAGAGGCUGAUGGACAAACCAGCUCACUUUAAAAGAUCGACGCCUGUUUUUAAUUGGACCGGAGGGCCGUCACGCCUGUCCAAUCAGGACGCCAGCUGGAGGCGGGAAGGCCAGGAACCAAUCGUACGCCUGCAUUCACACGCUCUCAUUUGCAUAUUGAGAAGCACAACAUUAGAACGAUGAAGUCAAACAACCGGAAAUCUUUCAAUUUCCAGGAUUACGUUGCCUAGGAGAUAAUUCUGUUUUCCUACAGUUUGCAGACACAUGAUUGGUUAAUCAAACUGGGACAUUAGUUGAUGGUUACUAUGGUAACUGCUAGUUGCAGAAAAUAUGGAGAAAAUUGAAUUGACAACCAAUGAAACACUGAGAAAAAAUGACUGAAUUUAAGACAUUUUUAAAAUCUAAAAAGAAAAAAGUCAACUUUAGAUUAUUUUUACAUCCCACAUUAAUGUGUUCAUCUCCUUAUUUCCUCAUUUAGAAAACAUUUAAUGACGUUGAUGCAGACUCUAAUUUAAUUUGUGCUAUUUUUAUCUGGUAAAAUGUUAACUUUCAUACACGUACAAAUACCAUUUCAAGUUGUUUUUAAACUGUGAAGAGGAAGCGGUUUGAUCCGGAUUGAGAUUCCCUUCAAACAGCCAGAAAAAACGAAGAAUGAAAGCGAAGAAGACGUCGGGUUUCAGUUUUUUGGCUGAUACUUGAAGCUGGUUCUGUUUUUAUUCUUUUUAAUGUUUAG